AUGCUCUACUCCGCCCUGGUCGCAACCCUCGUGGCCGCCGCGUCCGUCGCCGCGACCGGCAUUAACGACUUCUCCUGCCAAAGCGACUCGAACCCCGUCGUCCUGCUGCACGGCCUGGGCGCGACAUUCUACGAAGAUCUCAAUUUCUUGCAAGACUGGCUGCAGCUCCAGGGCUACUGCACCUACUCGCUCACCUACGGAGCCUACGACGGGUUCCCCUUCGUCGGUGGCCUGCAGGCCAUUAGUGAAUCCGCGCCCCAGAUUGCAUCGUAUAUCAAGGAGGUGGUCCAGAAGACCGGCAAAAGCAAGGUCAACCUGGUCGGUCACUCCGAAGGCGCAUUCCAGUCGCUGUAUGUGCCCAAGUUCGAGGGCGUGGCCGGCCUCAUCGACAAAAUUGCGGCGAUCGCGCCGCCAACACACGGUACUUCGUUCGGCGGGCUGUAUAACCUCGCCUAUGCUUUCGGGAACGCCUCGCGCGAGGCUAUUGGCGAUGUGCUGCAAGACCUUGGCUGCGCGGCCUGCAACGAUCUGGGUCCCGAUGGCCCGGCAGUUGAGCUCUUGAACAACGGACAGCCCAUUGUCCAGCCCGGCAAUCAAGUGACGAUCAUUGCGUCCAAGUUGGAUGAAAUGGUCACUCCACCCGAGACCGCCUUUGUUCAGGAAGCCGGUGUCCGUAAUGUCUGGAUCCAGACUACUUGCCCGUUCGACCCCGUCGGCCACAUUGGCGAAGCAUAUGACUUGAAUGUAUGGAACUUGGUGAAGAAUGCGCUUGAUGAUACUCCGAACCGCUCGUUUUUCUGUCUGGCUGGGUCGCCCGGGAAAUAG